AUGCUCGGCCUGCUCGGACAGCUGCCGGACAACCAGAACUCGUCAAACAGCAACGCCGCAUCCCCUCCCAACAUGUCCGACAUCCCCAUGGGCAGCAGCUCCGGACCCAGCCCAGUCUACGCCAGCCGCAACACCGGUUCCGCUUCCACCCCGGACACUAGCAUUUCGGACAGCGGGGGCUCGUUAUCUUCGGGCGCAUCGUCACUGAACGCGAUGGAGCCGUCGGGCUUGCAAGCAGAGGAAUUGCUCACAUUCUUCCAAACUCAAAUGCUUCCUUAUUUCCCAUGCAUGUAUAUCCCUCCAGGCACCACGUCGCAGAAGCUUCGGCGAGACCGCCCGUUUUCGUGGCUGUGCAUCAUGGCUGUCACGUCCCGGAGCAGCGCGCAAAGUCGCCCGCUCUUCGAUAGAAUCAAGCACAUUGUGUCACAGAAGCUGGUGCAUGAGUACUCGUGUCGUGACCUUGACAUCCUUCAGGGACUCCUGAUCUACCUCGGAUGGUCCAAUCAGCAAGUUUAUAAUAAAGCCAACGUGCAUGUAUUCACUCAGCUCGCGAACGGCAUUGUCUAUGAGAUGGGUCUCUUCAAUCCCGAAGCAAAGGGGAAGCACGUACUCUUGUGUGUACACACGGAAGCACACGAGGACCGCGCAGCACCUCCCAGUCAGAUCAUGGAACAACGCCGGGCUGUCCUGGGAUGCUUCCUGCUCACUUCAAUCAUCGCUACCUUCUUACAACAAAGCGAUUCUCUGCGCUGGACAUCUUACAUGGACGAGUGUCUCCGUCUACUCGAAGAGCAGCAGGAAAGCAUCAACGAUGAGAUUCUCGUUCAGCAGGUUCGACUUCAGUUGAUCAAUGAUAAGCUUAGCUUGGGAGGGUUUUAUGGCGCGUCAUCUACGUCCCGGGAGUCGAUGCGACCGUCGCCUGCUGUAUACAUCCGGCCGAUGCAGGCUCAGCUUCAGACUCAACUUCAGGGAAUUAUGAGUAGAGUCCGACCCAACUCACAGGGAUACAAGAUUCUUCUACUGCAUCACUACAACACCUCAUUAAGCCUUUACGAGUCCGCUCUUACGAAAGGUGCCAUUGCCUCCAUCACAAACGUGAGCUACGAACAUCUCGACUAUCUUUAUGGUUGCCUUGAGGCUACCAAGUCGUGGUUCGACGUGUUCCUGAGCAUUCCACCGGCGGAGUAUAUUGGGUUUCCUUUCGCUAUCUUCUCGCAGAUGGUGCAGAACCUUGUGACACUCUACCAACUGACGACCCUGGACAACUCCGUUUGGGAUACGACCAAUGUCCGCCGAACGGCAGAUAUCAUACAGAUCAUGAACAUGGUGAUAUCCAAUAUGGGUCAAGUGGCGUCUCUCAAUGGUAUUGACGGUGAUCCUGGUGGCGACAUCUUCUCAAACAUCGCCAAAACGUAUCAGGCCGUACGCAUGGGCUGGGAGACCAAGCUGGAUCCCACUCCGCUGGGCUCACACGCGGCAAAUUCGAUUCCGUCGCUGUCGGUUCCAGCGCUCUCAGAGCCCCCGGAUGCCCUGUCGGUGUCAGACACCUUUCCUCUGGUCGAGGAUAACGACUGGCUCGCGGACAUGCUGAGUACGAUGGACAGGAAUAACAAAGGCCCAAUGGCUGCUAUUCCCGGCGUCCCAGGCGUACCAUGA